GGUGUUGAGAUUUUUAAAUAGUAUACCUAAAUAUGUUUAUUAGGAGAGCGCUUUGCAGAGAGAAGAUGUUCAACCUGAACUCAUAUAAAAAUUUCUCUCGGCUCUUUUCCAGCGAAACAUCUUCAGGAAUUGGAACCGUCAAACUCUCUUUUGGCUCUCCUGGCGUUUCUCUCUUUGUAAACGAAGAAGUAAGCGGAGUUACAGUGCCCGGAAUGGAAGGCGAUUUUGAAAUUGUCGGCAAGCAUAUACCCACACUCGCUGUUCUUCGCCCUGGAGUAGUUAAAGUUGCCACCACCCAAGGAAGAACACAGUCUUAUUUUGUUUCUAGUGGUACAGUAACAGUGAACGCUGAUGGAAGCGUUCAAGUUUCCGUAGAGGAACUUUGCGAAAAAAAAGAUAUUGACAUCUCGAAAGUUCAAAAUGCGUUGGCAUCUUAUUUAAAAAUGAUUAACGAAGGUGACGAGCAAAAAAAGGCAAAAAGCUUGAUUGGACAGGAAGUUUAUAGAGCAAUGCUAGCCUUUGCUGAAGAAAAAUGACGUGCUUAUA